AUGGGCAGCAGCACACUACUCAGGGGUCUGGGCGGUCUCUUGGCAGCGGGGUUCUCCUACGUGCCCCUCGUGCUCAUUCUUGUGUGGCUCCUCACCAGGCUGGGCAAGGGCGUUGAAGGGUUCGGUACGAACUGGGACGAGCCCUGGCUGGUGUUCAACUGGCACCCGCUGUGCAUGCUCAUCGCCUACACCACCCUCUACGCUCAUGCGGCCCUGGCCUUCAGGUCGCUGCCGUUCUCGAGGAACGUGAACAAGGUCAUCCACGCCCUGAUCCAGACCCUCGGCCUCGCGGCCUCGACCGGCGGCCUGGCCACGGUGAUCAUCUUCAAGGACAAGACCGGCAACGACCACAUGUACAGCCUCCACGCCUGGCUCGGCGUCUCCAGCUACGCCCUCUUUGCCCUUCAGUGGCUGUUUGGCGUGGCCCUCUUCGUGCCGCCCCUGUUCGGCAUCAACUUCCCGCCCGAGCGACUCCGCCAGGCCCUCCGUCCCGUCCACAUGUGGGCCGGUAUCAUGAUCUACAUCGGGUGCACGGCGGCAAUCUUGACCGGACUCAUGGACCGCCAGUGGAUCUACAACGCGUUCCAGAACCCGAACAACGAGUCGUACAGCAGCGAAACGUACAUGGUCAACUUCGUCGCCCUCUCCGUGCUCGUCUCGGUGUGGCUGGUGCUGGCCCACCACUUCCCCAAUCCCCUGGAGCAGAAGAAGGACGACCACGCCCGCCGCGACGGGUACGAGCACCUCAACGCCCAGUCCCUCGACUACCACCACCUCGCGUGA